AUGAAACGAUUGAACCAGCAACAACUAAAUAUUAACAGCAGGUCAGAGACAAUAAAUCUCGGAGAUCCAUUACCUUUGACAUAUACUCCAAUUAAAAAUCAAUCUAAUCAUAGUCACAACAGAUCUAAUUCUAACAAUCCUGCGGAGCCAAUACUUCAACAAAGAGAUCAAACAUUUCAGCCAAUAAGAAAAAUCUCACCAAUUAUAAGACAGGAUACCAAUCAUUUAUCAAAUGUACAAGAUUUCAUCAAACGACGAAGAAUUAGUCCAAGACCAACAAUUCACAGGACGAAGGAACAAAUGUUAUCGCAACAAUCUCAUGACCCCUCUCUAGUAUUAAAGAAUAUUCAAAAAAAAUUACAACUAAUCAAUCAAAAUUUCACCGAAAAAUUCGAUCAUUUACAAAAUGAAUCAAUAAACUUAGAAAUAAUUGAAUUAAAAUUGAAGGAGAUUGAAGAAAUACUAGCAGAGUUGGAUCCCAUUCAAGACCAAGAAGUAGACAAUGUUAUUUCAAAGUUAAAUGAAGAACAAGAAGAGGAACAAAGAAGCGAAGUAGAUGUAUUAUUCAGAGAAUUAAAUAUCGUCAAAUCCGAACUAAAGCAAAGGAAGCUAAAGUAUAAUAUACUAAGUAAUAUACUCAAUUUUAUCACAUUAAAAAAAUGGUGGAUCAUAAAUAUUAGUAUUUUUUUGACGUUGUUUUUCCUUACCUCAAUUUAUGCAUCUGAAUUCAAGUACAGGUAUUGUUAUUAUUUUUGUUAA